AUGGUGGCCGCUGAGGCGGGUUUCCUGGAGGUGAUGGCAGUCCUCCUCCAAUACGGUGCAGAUACGCACCUAGUUAACACAGUCGGCGAGUUUGCUCUAUUUCUGGCGGCUGACCGGGGCCACGUGAAAUGUGUGAAACUCCUUCUGGAGUACGACGGUCCUUUAAAUAGUGGAACCUUUGAGCACCGCACUCCUCUGAUGCAAGCCGCUUAUAGGGGCCACACUGACAUUGUUCACUAUUUGGUCAACUUCGGUGCUCUCAUGGGCCCACAAGUAAAUCCUAGAAACGAGUCUCCACUUAUCCUCGCUUGUUGUCAGGGGCAUUUCGAAAUAGCAAAAUACCUUCUGGAGUAUGCAGACUUUGAGCAGGAUCGCACCAAUGAGCUGUACAUUGCACUCUCACGGGCUGCCAUGCGAGGUGACAGAUCGUUGAUUCACCUCUUAAUAAAGCAUGGAGCUAGUGUCAACCACCCUGCCAGCACCAUCAGGCCACCGCUUUUUGCAGCUGUCUUUAAUGGUGACGUGGACACCGUCAACUACUUCUUACAACUCGGAGCCAGCACUGAACGACGGGAUGAAUUCGGCUGCACUCCGCUCAUGUUGGCUGCCAGACUGGGAAAUCCCGCAAUUGUCAGAUCGCUAUUAAUGGCCGCUCACCGACAAAUGAAGGGCGGCUUCCCGCGUCAAGCGGAAGAGACUUUGUAG